AUGAUGGUCUCGCUAUCCGCAAAGCCCACAGAUGUACCCGCUCUCACAAGCAGCAUCGAGAGGCCUGCGCGGGAUCCCUUACUGGAGGCCUCGUAUUCGUCUAUCACCAAAGAGGAGCUGGACUUCGUAGGCGAACAGACGGGCAUAAGGGACGAGGACGCCCUCCGCGAACACAUCUUGCAAGUGCAGGCGGAAGCCUUCAGCAUCCACCCGUACCCAUGCAUAAGGAGGUUUGCCUUCAUCAAAAUGAAGCUCUCACCUCGCAUUCCUGCAUACAACGGCUUGCUCAAGCUUGGACGAGAGCGGGAAGGGGCAAUCCUGCUGGACAUUGGAUGCUGCUUCGGAAACGACGUGAGGAAGGCCGUCUCCGACGGCUUCCCAGUCGAUAAUUGCGUGGCCACCGAUAUCCACCCUGAGUUUUGGGACUUCGGCCACAAGCUCUUCGGCACGACCCAAGAAUCCUUCCCCGCGCGCUUCUUCGCGGGCGACGUCUUCGACCCCACACACCUCGAGCCCGUCGCGGCUUUCACGUCGGCCCCCGCAACGCCACGCCCGGACCUGCCCACGCUCACCUCGCUAAACCCGCUCCGCGGGCACGUCUCCGCGAUCCACAUCUCCGCCGUGUUCCACCUGUUCAGCGAGGAGGAGCAGGUGCAGCUGGCGCGGUCGCUCGCGGGCCUCCUCUCACCCGAGCCGGGCUCGAUCGUCUUCGGGCUGCAGAGCGGCAGAGCGGAGAAGGGCUUCCGCGUCGAGGCGGGCCUGCCGAGCUCGCAUGGGAAGCAGAUGUUCUGCCACUCGCCCGAGAGCUGGAGGGAGCUGUGGGAGGGCGUGUUCCCGCCUGGGACGAUCCGCGUCGAUGCGGAUGUGAGGGAACUGGAGAGGGACGACUUGAAGCCUGUGGCUGACGGGGCCAAGUUUUGGGUCCUGACGUGGUGCAUCACGAGGUUGUAG